CACAGGCAGUAUGAAAGAUAAUCAGGAAAUGUGGCAUUAAGUAACAAAAAUUCAAAAUGAAAUCGUUGCUGCUGACUGUAUUGCUAGUAGCAGAUGUAAUAGCUGUUUGGGAGGUUGAGCUGAAAGUGAGGGAGCAGUGGUCAGCACUGGUACAACCAUACGAAAGCGUUUGCGAAUGCGAAACCCACAUUCGCCCGGAUUUAGCUUACGGAAUGUUUAUCAAUUCUCACUAUUGCAACAAGGCCUGCGUUAAAUGCUAUCUAAAGUGUCUGUAUUUUGCCCUGAAUUUGAUGAAUCCUGCAACCGGGGCAGUGAACGAAGCCGAGUUUGUGCGGCAAUUUGCCGGAGUAACACCAGAAAUUGCAAAAUGUUGCAAUGAGGAGGCGAGUACUACUACAGAUCCAUGUGAAACCGCCUAUAUAAUGAUGAAAUGCAUUGUUAAAGAGUUAGCGGUGGAAAAAUAAUUUAAAAAAUCAUAAUUUCCACUUUCAGUUUAUUUGUUUUCUUUAUGCAUGUUACUUACAGUGUACUAAAACCGAGACUAAAACUGUGUAUUCAAUCAAAUAAACCGUAUUAUUAUAUUUAAA